CCGGCGUCAUAUAUAAUUAGUUCCCGCGCAAAACUCAAUAAAUACUAUAACCCCACUCAAGAAAAUAUUCAUUUGGAAAAUACGGUAUUCAAGUAGUUCUCUUAUUAACUAAAAAAAACUUGUACUUUAUACAUUAACAACUAAAGGUAAAAAAUGGAAGUAGAAAACAUCGGAACGAAUAAUUCGGAAAAUGACAAAUGCAACGAGAAUGGUAAGAAUAAUUUGAAUGAAAAUGGAAAAAUUUGUCAAGACACAACGAAGGAGCACGAGGAACAUCAGUAUUUGGAAUUAAUAAAAAAAAUCAUAAAUCACGGUGUUAAAAAAUCCGAUCGCACUGGUACUGGAACAUUUAUGAUUGCCGGACCACAAAUGCGUUUUGACCUUCGAAAUGGUAAUUUUCCACUUUUAACGACAAAACGUGUCUUUUGGCGAGGAGUCGUUGAGGAAUUACUUUGGUUUAUACGCGGAUCGACAAACGCCAAAGAAUUAACGGAAAAAGGAGUUCAUAUCUGGGAUCCGAAUAGUUCACGAGAAUUUCUCGAUUCCUGCGGAUUCACUGAUCGAGAAGAGGGAGAUUUAGGUCCUGUCUAUGGAUUUCAAUGGAGGCAUUUUGGUGCUGAAUAUACAAACAUGCACGCUGAUUAUACUGGUCAAGGGGUGGAUCAACUGAAAAAUAUAAUAGAGACUUUGAAAAAUAAUCCAAAUGACAGGAGGAUGGUAAUGUCAGCUUGGAAUCCAGUGGAUAUUCCAAAAAUGGCACUUCCACCGUGUCAUCUUCUCGUGGAAUUUUUAGUGAUGAAUGGAGAAAUUACAACGAUUUUGUUCCAAAGAAGCGCCGACGUUGGUUUGGGUGUUCCAUUCAAUAUUGCCUCGUAUUCAUUGCUCACUUACAUGUUGGCACAUGUCACCAAUUUAAAGCCGGGAGAAUUUGUGAUAAACAUGGGCGAUUGUCACGUCUACUCAAAUCACGUGACGGCACUCGAGGAACAAAUAAAACGUGAACCAAGACCAUUUCCAAAAUUCACAAUAACACGUGACGUUCCUGAUAUCGAUAGUUUUACUGCUGAUGAUUUUAAAAUUGAAGGAUACAAUCCACACGGUAAAAUUGCUAUGAAAAUGGCUGUUUAAUUAUUUUUUUUCCAAAAAACAAAAACUUCUUCUUUCCCAUGUACAUAAAAAAACUUUAAAUUGACGACAAAAGAUAGAAAAAUAUUUUAAUCGUUACUAAGAGAAUAAAUCGUCAUUUUUAAUAAAAAGAAAACAUAAAGUUCUAAUAAAAUAAAGCUUCGUUUUUGCUUUUCUCUUUUUAAAACAAAUUUAAUUUCUUAACAUUUAUUUACUUACACGAAUAAACUCAAUAAAAAUGAA